AUGAAUGCGCCCCGAAUAGGUGGUGCCUCCCUGCGGGCCACAAGGCCCACCAUCUCCUCCAGAGGCAUCAAAAGGAAAGCGCCGCGACCAACACAACCCAUGUCUGUCCAUCCUCUCCCUCCCAACCCACCUGUCAACCCCAGAAUCAACCCAUCCGCUAACACCCACCCCAGCACUAAAUCCACGCCAUCACAAAAGCGCGCACCCCCCAAAUCAGAACUCGAGCGCUUCCAAGAGCGCAUCCGCGCCGAGCGAGACGCCCGCCACAAGCAAACCUACCAUGGCAUCUCUCCGCGCGUUCUCACCUUCUUGGGCAUCACGGCCCUCACCAUCAGCACGUACACGGGCUACCUCUAUGCGUCGUACACACGCGAGGUUUCCAAAGCUCAAUCCCUGAGCAUUCCAACCGACGUUUCGGACCGCUACAACACUACCGCGCCCACCUUCGACGCUGAGGUGGAACUGUCGGAGAAAGCCAUGCGCCUGGGCGCCAAGCGCGCGGACCUGGUCCGUCUGGCGCGCGGAGACGUGCUCGAGGUGAGCUGUGGGACGGGUCGCAAUCUGGAGUACUACGAGCUGGGCGAGCGGCGGGGCGUGGAUGCUGAGGGGAGGGCUACGGUGAGGGGGUGUCGAACGCUGGCAUUUGUGGAUUUGAGUCCACAGAUGGUGGCCAUCGCAGAGGAGAAGUUUCGGCGGCUGAGGCCCGGCUUUCAGAGGGUAGUGUUCCGCGCGCAGGAUGCGGCGAGCGUGUCCGUUGUGAAGGCUGCGGUUUUGGGUCCUGGGCAGGACGCGGAUGCGGAGGUUGGGAAGGACCGGUACUACGAUACUAUCGUGCAGACCAUGGGCCUAUGCUCGAUGCCGGACCCUGUGGCUACGCUGACGCAUCUGGGCUCAAUUACGGAGCCGACUCGGGGUCGCAUCUUACUCCUGGAGCAUGGGCGGUCGUACUAUGACUGGGUGAAUCGCAUUCUGGAUAACCUGGCGCCGGCGCAUGCGGACCGGCAUGGGUGUUGGUGGAAUCGGGAUAUUGGGGCCAUUGUGAGGGAGAGUGGGUUGGAGAUUGUGGAGGAGAAACGGUGGCAUUUUGGGACCACAUGGAGGUAUGUUCUAAGGCCGAGGCAGGAUCGGGUUGAGAAGGCUGGAGAGGGUGUGUAG